AUGAAUGCAGAACGUUCCACUUAUAAACUCCUUACAGAUUUGGAGGUUGAUGUGAAAAUAUCUUCAGAAGAAAAACCGAUUCAGUGUAAUUUAUACCCCAGAUCAUUUACCCAACUUGGGUCCUUGAAAAAUCAUGAGAGAUCUCGUAAGACAGAAACAUCAACUAGUUCUACAGUUGAUUUAGGAGAAAAUAAUAUUGAAUAUCUUUCAAAGAAUUCUGCUUUAGCUGAGAAAACUAGAAAUCACGCAGGGAAAUGUCCGUCCAAGUGUACAAUCUGUUCAAAAUCAUUUUUCAAUAGUUCUAACUUAAAGAGACAUACUAGAAUACACGCAAGAGAAAAACCAUAUGAGUGUGAAAUGUGUUCAAAAACUUUUUCUGACAGUUCUGCUUUGGUUAAACAUUCUCAAAUUCAUACUCUGAAAAAAAUUAAUAAUGUUCAUAUAGUGGAAAAAUCAUAUAAGUGCAAUAUCUGUCCAAAAUAUUUUUCUCGUAGAUCUACUUUAGUUGUUCACUCAAGAAUUCAUACAGGAGAAAAACCAUACAAGUGUGAAACCUGUUCAAAAUCUUUUUUCGAUAAUUCUGGUCUGAUUGUUCAUACCAGAAUUCACACAGGGGAAAAACCAUAUGAAUGCGAAGUGUGUUCAAAAUCAUUUUCCAAUAAAGCUACUUUAGUUGUCCAUUCAAGAAUUCAUACAGGGGAAAAACCAUAUGAAUGUGAAGUGUGUACAAAAUCAUUUUCCAGUAGCUCUACUUUAAUUGUCCAUUCAAGAAUUCACACAGGGGAAAAGCCAUAUAAAUGUAAAGUCUGUUCAAAAUGUUUUUCUUAUAGAUCUACAUUGACUCUUCAUUCAAGAAUUCAUACAGGUGAAAAACCAUACAAGUGUGAAAUCUGUUCAAAAUCUUUUUCAGACAGUUCUACUUUGGAUGUGCAUUCGAAAAUUCACACAGGCAAAAAACCAUUCAAAUGCGAAGUCUGCCCAAUGUCUUUUUCAAAAAUGAAUCUUUUACGACGGCACUCCAAAAUUCACACAGGAGAAAAACCCUUUAAGUGUGAUGUCUGUUUGAAAUCUUUUACACGCUAUCAUAUUCUGAUGAAGCACUCCAGAAUUCACACAGGAGAGAAACCUUAUGAAUGUGAGAUAUGUUCAAAAAGAUUUUUCGAUAGGGCUGCUUUGAUUCUCCAUUCAAGAAUUCAUACAGGAGAAAAACCAUUCAAGUGCGAUGUCUGUUUGAAAUCUUUUUCACGCCCUGAUGUUUUGAACAAGCAUUCGAAAAUCCACACAAGAAAAACACAUAUAAGUGUAAAGUCUGUUUGAAAUAUUUUUCACGUCAUUAUAUUUUGAUAAGCCACCACGAAAGUCACAGGAGAAAAACUUUCAAAAUAAUUCUCCCGUGGAAAAACAUUUCAAAAUUCACACAGAAAAACUGUAUCAGCGCCAAGUUUGUUGACAUGAGAUGAGUUUUAGAAGUCUGAUAAAGUUUUGAACUGUUUUUGAUGUAAUACUUACUUCCUGUUGUCUGGCAGAGUGUAAAGAAUUAUCAAAAUA